AGCAAUCUAUAAAAUGACUUGUUGUUCAUAGUCAUAAGAAUAUCUAUCCUUUUAUUCUCGAUUUUCACCAAAAUAUAUAUCUGUUUUGAUCAAUUUUCCCAUGUCGAAUCAACAAUCAUCACAUCUCAUUUCAUUGCACAAAGAUGGUUUAUACCUUCUCAACCUCAACGGAACCACCUUGUCAAAACUUAACUUGCCGUUUACAUUACCGGACAAAACCGAACCGGCAUGUAUCCUUCAUUGUCGUGGAAUGAUGUGUCUGACUCUUAAAGACAACAAUGACCUAGCAAUUUGGAAACCAGGUUCGGAUGAAUUCAAGAGAAUACCAAUGGUUAUACGCAGCCAAACCACAAAUCUUUUGGGAUUUGGAUAUGACCGGAUUUCUGAUGAUUACAAGAUCGUGACGAUAAUUGGUUUCAAAACAUAUAUCUAUGCGUUCAAAGAAAGUUGUUGGAGAGAAAGUGUACGAGAAACUUCUCUUCAUUGCAAAUUCAAAGACCGGACCGGGACGGUUGUGGAUCAUUGUAUGUAUUGGAUAGCAGACAGGUCUCACACCAAAAACCCCCGUAGGAAAAACACCAUCCUGUGUUUCGAUUUCGCGAAGGAAGAGUACCAAGAGCUAUCAUCUCCGAUGUACGCGGAGUCGAAAUUCAGUUCAUGGUUAGGGGUUUUAAGAGGAGAGCUAUGUGUUAUCGAUCAUUACCCAUGUCUAAAUAAUGACAUUUGUCUAUGGCGCCCGCAAAGAAAAGGCAAGAAGAUCAUGCAUUGGAAUCUCGACCCGUGGACCGUGAAUGAAAAUGUUAAAGCGUUCAACAUUUUUAAUGUUAAAAGAUUCAAAAAAUUUGAUGUUGGUUUUGCGUGUAUAGCAAGAAACGAAGAACUCUUCAUAGUGGUGAAUGGUAAUGGAAAAGGAGAAGACAAGUUUAUGGUGUAUAACGAGAGGCAAGACGAGUUUACUGAAGUUCCAAUUGGUUGUUCUUUGGAAGGGUUUAGAUGUAUGAGUAUAUAUGACAAUCGUUUCUAGUUAUGUCAAGAUUAAGCAGAUAAUAGAUUGGUUCUAAAUAAUUAUAAGGAAAAAUUAGAAAUAUCUUAUGGUUAUUUCAUUCAAUUUGAAAAGAUAAAUUGUAUAUAUAUGAUCCUCUAAGAAAAUUAAUUUGUGUUG